AUGGUUGUAAAAAAUGCCUUUUUGCAUGGCAUUCUUCAAGAAAAGGUGUAUAUGGAACAACCUCCAAGGUUUCAAAGUGCAGAUCAUCCUCCUCAUUAUGUGUGUACUGUAGUUUUCUUGCUCUAUGUUGAUGAUGUGAUACUUACUGGCAGUAGCUCUGAACUUAUUUCAUCUAUGAUUAAGGGUCUCAUAGAGGAAUUUGAUAUGAAGGACUUGGGCCAACUGAAUUAUUUCUUGGGGCUACAGAUUAGUUAUACCUCAGGAGGGUUAUUUGUUUCUCAAACAAAGUAUAUCAAUGAGUUAGUUGCGAAGGUUGACUUGCAAGAUUGUAAACCUUAUGCUACACCUUGUUUACCGUAUCAUCGGUUACUUACGGACGAUGGCAAACCAUACCAUAACCCUGAGCAAUACAGAAGCAUAGUUGGUGCCCUUCAAUAUCUCACAUUUACUAGACCCGAUAUUGCUUUCUCAGUGAAUCAAGCAUGUCAGUUUAUGCACAACCCUAUGGAGUCUCAUGUUAUUGCGGUUAAACGAAUCAUACGAUAUCUCAAAGGUUCAUCAAGCCUUGGUAUUCAGUUCACGCCAGGAUCACUCCAUUUACAGUCCUACAGUGAUGCAGAUUGGGCUGGGGAUCCCAAUGAUCGUCGGUCUACUUCAGGAUUUGUUAUAUUUCUUGGUUCAAAUCCAAUUUCUUGGUCAUCCAAGAAGCAGCACAUUGUUUCCAGGUUUUCCACAGAGGCUGAGUAUCGUGCCUUAGCCAUUACAGCUGCAGAAUUGGCUUGGAUUCGACAGUUGUUUUGUGAUUUACAUAUUUCUCUUUCAAAUCCUCCACUGAUCUAUUGUGAUAACAUCUCAGCGAUUGCACUUUCCACUAAUCCAGUGUUUCAUGCCCGAUCAAAACACAUCGAGAUCGAUUAUCAUUUCGUACGGGAAAGGGUCAUUCGAGGAGAUCUUCAGAUUCAACAUGUCUCCUCUGCGGACCAAUCAGCUGAUAUACUUACAAAAGGAUUGUCAGCUCCUUUGUUUCACUAG